GCCAGUUGUGAAGGAGGAUGAUGGUGAUGAUGAAGUACUGGCUGUGGGGGGUCGCGUAUGCCACCCUCCUGAUGCUUGGCAACGUGUUGGCCACUUACCAGCUCCACGCGCAGAACUUUGGACGGAGCUGGAACAACGGACGACCCCCCACGCGGACCCUCAACCCAGCAAUACACAGAGGUGACUACACAUAUAGAGGAGGGUAUCACUACCACUACCAGCCACCAAGGAUCCCCCCACCGGUAGUGUAUCCACCUUUUCCUCUUUCUCCUCCAGUGACUUACCACAGACCCUCGGUCCCUAUGUGGCCCUAUCAACACAAAUUCAAAGGGCAAUUGGUACCACAGUUCCCACAUAUUUACAAAGUUCCUGCCCCACCUCUAGUGCACCGCCCCCACUAUAAUCUCAAAGUCCCUUAUUACCCGCAAGGCCCGUGUCCGACAAAAUCCGCCCCCACGGUGGCGUCUAGACCCGUGGUGUACCUCCCGACUGUCCCUCCCACCCUGCGGGUAACCCCGGCAUCAACUAUGGCGCCAACAAUAGCUCUGACUCUGCCCCCAACCACCACGCCAGCGGCGACCACCACUUUGGCACCAGCGGAGACCACCACUCCAGUGCCGGUCAGUACCCAAAGCGGCUCCGCCACCACCGUCAGUCCUGUGAAGACAGGUAGACUAUUACCAGUCAGGUUUGCUCGAUUAUUAAAGCUUAUUUCUUUCUGCAUUUGUAGCUCGGCAGUUAAUGCAGACUCUUUAAUGGUUAAUAUGUGUGGUCCAAUCAAGCAAUGUUUUUAUAUUUUAAAAAAAUGGUGUGGCACUACUCAUAACUGCAACAAUUGCAGCGACCUUUGGAGCGUCAUUCCAAUUUCUAAUCCAAACUCCACAGAAAAUAAGGAUCAUUCCUUAAUGGUGCCGUGUCCAUUACCAGAGUCACCGGAGUCUCAGUGCAGGAGCCGCAUUUUGGACCUGGUUUUCAUCAUCGACAGCUCGCGUAGCAUUCGGCCCAAUGAUUUCGAGAAGGUCAAGAACUUCCUGGUGCACAUGGUCGAUACGUUGGCGGUUGGCUCGGACGCCACCAGAGUGGCCGUGGUCAACUACGCCAGCACGGUCAAGAUCGAGUUCCUGCUCAAAGACCACUUCAAAAAGCCCGACAUGAAGAAGGCCAUCUCCCGCAUCGAGCCCCUCGCUGCCGGCACCAUGACCGGCCUGGCCAUCAAGACGGCGGUGAACGAAGUCUUCACCGAGCAGUCCGGAGCCCGGCCUCCCUCCGGCAACAUUGCCAAAGUGGCCAUCGUUGUGACUGACGGCAGGCCACAGGACCGCGUGGGGGACGUCUCCGCCGCUGCCCGGGCCGGAGGCAUUGAGAUCUACGCUGUUGGAGUGGACCUUGCGGAAAUGGCUUCGCUGAAGCAGAUGGCGAGUUUGCCUCUGGAGGACCACGUCUUCUACGUGGAGACCUACGGCGUUAUUGAGAAGCUCACCUCAAAGUUUCAGGAGACCCUGUGCGGUAUGACCGAGACGGGCCCGCGGGACCUUCUUCUACCAUUAACGAUGGUUCUAUUGGCAUGGAUACGCGGUCUGGAUCCCUGUUCCACUGGAAAUGACUGCGAGCACACUUGUGUCAACAGUGAUGUCUCCUUUUACUGCAAGUGCCGCUCUGGUUAUAUCUUGAACGCAGACCGGAAAACAUGUUCGCUGAAAGAGGUGAAGGUAGAGGUGGUGGUGGAUCCGUGCAAGUGUGAAGCCAGACUAGCGUUCCAGAAGCAGACGCGGGCUGCCGUGCAGCAGCUCACUGCUAAACUAGCUGAAGUAGCAAAGAGAAUAGAACGGCUGGAGGAUGCGCUGGGCCGCGUAUAACGCUUGACAAAGGGGUGAGUGUCGACACUCCGGUGACCCGGCCGGGCAGUAAAAAAAACAUCCCGGCGACCACACAGCAUGACCCCUUUCCGUUUAUUUGCUUUAUCUGCGCAGGCUGCCGGUGGGUGUCGGAGACAUGGGCUGCUGCAACCUGCACAUGUGCCGCUCCAUCGCUGCUGGACGGAUGUCGAGCGUGCAAUGUCUGUAGACCGCCAUGGAAUGUGAACAUACUAAUCACAUCUAUAUCGAUGUCUGCUCUGUUCAACGACUAUGUGCGCCGCACGUCUUUAAAAUCCCACAUAACAUUCAGAUUUGGAAGAUUUUGUGACCCUUGUGCAUACUGUGUACAUAUUUUUUUUUCUAAUUUUGAUCAAAUAUCAUAAAAAUACAAUACAUUGUGUUCUAUAUAUAUAUAUAAUGCCCACUGUAGUUUUUGUUUGAAUAAAAAAUAGAAUAGGCCUACUAGGAAUAUUUUUGUCUUUUUUAAGUAGACUAUGGUUAAUAAUGAAACCUAAAUUAUAACUACUUUAAGGCAAAAUUGAUAUCAAUUUUUAUAAAAUACAACAAUAGCAAGCAUGAAUUAUUUAAAAUUAAGAUCCCAUUCUUUGGAUGCCUUUAUACCCUGCGAAAAAAUUUCCAUAGAAAUCUAUAGAAUUCUAUAGAAUUUGUACAGAACAACUUGUUCUAUAGAACUUUGGCUGUGAUUUUCUAUAGAAUUUCUACAGAACAGUAGAAUUUCGAGAUUUUCUUUUAGAAUUCUAUCGGACUUGGGUCCUAAAGUUCUUUAGAAAUUCUUUAGAAAUGUUUGAUGGAAUUUUUUUAGCAGGGUAUAUAAUACAGUGGUACCUGGACUUAUGAGUUCCCCAACUUUCUAGUUAUUAGAGUUACGAACUGUCGUUUCAUCUUUUUUUUUUUUUUGCUCUGUGGUGCUAGCCAAAAUUUAACCAAGCUUCAGAUAGUUUGCUGCUGCAGAGAGUCAAGUACAAUUGCAAAUUAAAUUAAAUAAAUAAUUAAAUUUAGGAGAAAGAACUUUUGGAGUAAAUAACAUUUGCCAAGUGGUGUUGAUUAAAUAUAGGCGUAAAAUAGCCGACAACGCCAAUAGAUGAAUAAAAGCAGUAUUCCACAAUACAUUAAGAAGCAAAAAUUGUGAACAUUUUGCAGCUGUUACUUGGAAGGUUUUAUAGUUGAAUUAGAAAGAGUCUUUGGUGGGAAUUAGUUUUUGGAGGAGAGGAAUAGAAGGCUUUUUUAUUUUCCACCAGGAUGUGCUUUUACCGCCAUGACUGUCGUGGCAGACAACAUUCCGGGGUCAAAGGUGACCCUUCGGUCAAGUUGGCUUGUUUGCCGAAUCGUGAGCUGGACACAGAGCGUCUUUUGUGCGCCCCCUCGCGAGUCAACAUUUAUCUCCGGUCUACUCAUGUCUACUCUUUUACUAGACAGCUGCUUUGUGUUUGUUUGCCACCGUGCCGGCUUUCAUGGUUACCGCAUACAUGGAAGGCGAAGCUGGUCAUGCCGUGUCAGUGGGAGGAAGAAGACGAAUGUGGCUGACACGUCAUUGCGAAGUGGAAAAGCGUAAAGAUUACAGGCGACAAAUUCCAAUAUGCUUUCCUUUGAAGGAAAGAAAAGCCUCUGAACAUACAAAAAAAAUGUCUUUACGUACUUUCAAUCUGGCAGUUUCUAAUAUUAGCCCGUGCAUCUGCCCACUUGUUUAAUAUCCAUCCGGCCACCAUAUCUGUCCUUCCAUGGUUCAAUGAUGAUUUUUCAUAUCCUCAACUGGGGGAGUGAAAUCCAGUCACCCUUGCGAGGAAUAAAAAGAAAAACGCCCCCAGCCGACUGAUCGACUGACCGAAAGAACGUAUGUGUGAUGGAUGCUGGGUGCGGUUGGACUUGAACACUUUGUGUCAAG